AUGGCCCAGGAAGUGGACCUGAGCGCCCUGCAGGCCCUGGAGCGCGCAGCCAUCCUGCAGGUGCUGUUUCGGGACCAGGCGCUACAGAGCCGAGAGGAGACCCGGGUCCGGAAGCUGAAGGCGCAACUGCAGCAUCUCCGAUGGCGGGGCGCACGGUGCCCGGACGCAGAACGACGGGAGCAGGCGUGUGCACGCUGCCAGCGAGCCCUGGGCCGGCUGCUGAACCGGGGCGCCCCAUGCCAGGGCUGCAGUCACCGCGUGUGCCGGGAUUGCCGCGUGUUCCUGGGCUGUAGCCAGGCCUGGAAGUGCACCGUAUGCUUCGAGGACAGGAACGUGAAGAUAAAAACAGGAGAAUGGUUCUUUGAAGAGCGAGCCAAGAAAUUUCCAACAGAAGGCAAACACGAGACAGCUGGAGCAAGGCUCUUGCAAUCUUAUCAGAGGCUGAGCAGCAGCAUCUCUGUGGUGCCCCCCACGCCGCCUCCACACAGUGAGAGCCAAUGUGACAGCCCCAGCCGGGUACGUUCACCCCAACACCCCGGAAAGGUGGAGAGGGAACUUGGUCAGUUUAAAGGAUUCAAUAAGUCCAUGGAGAACUUGUUUCUGUCUGUUACCACUCACAUGAAAAAACUCUCCAAGUCCCAGAAUGAUAUGACCUCAGACAAGCUGCUGGGAGCAGCAGGCCGAGGGCAGAAUGCGGGACAGACAGAGCGCCGGAGCCAGUCGGACACGGCCAUUGAUGCCGCUGCUAGGAAGGGCAGCGCUCCAGAGCUUUGGAAGCCACCAGACCGGGAGAGCCCUAGACGCCCCAGCAGUCCGGCCCUGCAGCUGGACCAUCCCCCGAGCAGCCCAGUUCUCCCUGACACUUUAUUCUCAGGGGGCUCGAGACACGGAAGUUUGAUCAGCAUCAAUAGCACCUGUACAGAGAUGGGUGACUUUGACAAUGCAAGUGUCACUGGAGAGAUUGAACUGGCCCUUCAUUACAGCUCUGAAACCCAGUCUUUAGAAAUCUCUAUUAAGGCCUGCAAGGACCUGGCCUAUGGAGAGGAAAAGAAGAAAAAGUGCAAUCCGUACGUGAAGACCCACCUGCUGCCUGACAGAUCCUCACAGGGAAAGCGCAAGACCAGAGUUCAGAUGAACACGGUGAACCCCAUCUUCCAGGAGUCACUGCAGUACCGGGUACAGCGAGCCCAGCUGGCAACCCGGCAACUGCAGGUGUCUGUGUGGCACCAGGGCACGCUAGGCAGGCGAGUGUUUCUGGGAGAAGUGAUUCUGCCCCUGGCUACGUGGGACUUUGGAGACAGCGCCACCAGGUCCUUCCGUGGCUAUGCACUCAGGCCCAAGGCCGAGCACUGUGAGAACAGCCCCGACCCUGAACUCACCAUCCGUGCCAAACUGGUUCUGCCUGCAGCUCUUGGGAAAGCCUCGGAGGCUCUUGGAGAGCCGGACUCGCCAACACAUUGCGGCCAGCUCUGCCUGGUGGUGCUGGCUGCCAGGAACCUGCCCGUGCGCUCAGAUGGCACCUUGAAUGCAUUUGUUAAGGGCUGCCUUACCCUACCUGACCAGCAGAAGCUGAGACUCAAGUCUCCAGUGCUGAAGAAGCAGGCCUGCCCACAGUGGAAACACUCCUUCGUAUUCAACAACCUCACCACGUCACAACUAAGCCAGUCCAGCCUAGAACUGACCGUCUGGGACCAGGCCACCUUUGGGCUGAAUGACCGGCUGCUGGGAGGAGCCAAGUUGGGUUCCAAGGCAGAGCUGAAGGGCAGUGUGGAUGUUGCCGCCCAGUCCAAGCUCCAGUGGCAGAAAGUUCUUGCCAGCCCCAACCUGUGGACCGACAUGACCCUCAUCCUUCACUGA